AAGAAGUUUUAAAACAUAUUAAAGAAUGGAAUUUUGAUUUACCAGUUGAGGAGGAUCUAAUUGCCUUAAUUAAAAAAAUAACAAUGAAGGAUUUAUUUGAAUUAUUUAAAAAUUAUUUAAAUAAUGAAAAUAAUUUAGACCUUCAGUUGUUUAUCCCUUCUUGUGAAUUUAUUGAUUAUGAUUUAGGAAAAUUACCAUGUUUUUCUUUACUUUUUCAAACAUUAAGAGAAGAAAAAUCAAUUAAAUUAAGACAAGGAGGUUUAAACGACUAUUAUGAUACUAUUUCAAUGUGGAGAAAAUUGGAUUAUCUUAACAAAAUACCUGAAAAUUAUAAAGCUAGAGAUAAAAAAGAAUGUGCUAAUUUUUUCUUAAAAAAAUUAAAUGAGGAAUUGUUGGAGUAUGAGAAUGCUAGAACAAUAAAAGUAGGAAGUGGCAAACAAAUGGAUACUGAAAAUACUUCAGUCGAGAAGCUUAAAGAAGAUGGCUAUGAAAUAAUUGAUG